AUGUUUCCAGGUGCUGCGGGUAGAACAGCCCCCAUAUUUCGGUUAGGCAAAUGUCUUGCCAUACCAAUGGAGUUACACGCCACCAAUCGGAAGCGUCUUUGUGAUCGUAUCCGAAACAAGCUGGUGAAUACUGUUACGGAAGGAUUAUUAUCAGAUUUUUCAGGCGUAUAUAUUGUACUACAAGGCGGUACUGACACUUAUUUGGGGGAAUCUGAUUCUGCCAAUGUGUUCCGACAGGAAUCAUUUUUUCAUUGGGCAUUUGGUGGUCUUGAACCCGAUUGUUAUGGGACGAUUGAAGUUGCAUCUGGACGUUCCGCUCUAUUUAUCCCCAGAAUAUCAGAACAAACUGCCAUAUAUUAUGGUGAAUUGGCGACUCCUGACCAGUUUUCAAAAAAAUAUGGCGUUGAUGAAACAUAUUACUCUGACGAGGUAAUUAAUUGUUAA